AACAAAUUGGCGACGAUUUUCAUCUUAUGAGUAAAGUGAAAUCACAUCGGUAAAAUUCAACCUACAAUAUGGCAAGUAACAGAUCCGUUGUCCGUGCCCAGGAACCCGUAACCUACACGUGUGCUUUGUGUGACAGUGAAGACGGAGUUAGAUGGUAUUGCAACGAUUGUCAAGAUAAUUUAUGUGACCGGUGUAAGGAAGCCCAUUCCCGCGGAAAGAAAACUAAAAACGACGAGGUGGUAUUGAUAGGAGAGGCUACCCGUCAGGGCGACAAGCCUGUACCUGAGGUAUGUAAACUACACCCCGGUAAACUGUGUGACGUGUACUGUUGUGAUUGCGACAUUCUGAUGUGUUUGAUGUGUUUUUCCCAGACACACAAACAACACAACUGGAAACAUUUUGAAGACGAAUUUCAAAUAAAAAAGCGAAAUCUGCAAGAACAUAUGACAGCAAUAUCUGCUAGAAUUGCACACUUCAAAAACGAGACGUCGAAGCAUGGUAACAAAACAUUCAAAGGUAACAUUGAUAUAAUGAGAAAAGACGUUAACACACAACGGGCAAUGAUGAAGUCAGAAAUAGAUUCUAUCGCGGAUGCAGUUCUGGCCGAGUUAUCGUCCCUGGAAAAGGAAGACGCAAUAAUGCACCAAAAUGAUGGUCAAGAAUCGGAGAAAAAAGUCAGAGAGUUGACGAGUCUGCUUGAAAAAGCGGAAAAGACGGAUACAACGAGUACAUUUGAAAUGGAAAGGUCAUUGAGAACAACUCUACCUUUGUAUGAUGUUAAUGUGAAGAUUGUUCUACCGAAACUACCAAGCUUUGUUACCGGAAGUAUCGACCGCGUCCUGUUGACGAAAAUGUUAGGUGAAUUACACCACGGGAACCAGUACGAGAAGACAGACAUCGACAGUAAACACGUUCAACGUCUUUCUAAGUUUACUGUUACUCAGCAAAAUAAAAUGUUCGGUAUAUGUCCAGUCGACGACAGACACGCAUGGUUAUCAAUAAAUAAAUACCAGGGUCUGGUACUGGUCAACAAGGAGGGUGUGGCCAUAAAGACAGUAAAUCUCGACUUCUGUCCGUACAGAAUAGCCAUGGUCGGGACAACAGACAUACUUAUAACCAGUAAUCCACGUAGUACAUUUGUAUAUAAACUAUCACUACACAACAAAGAAGUGACAACAUUUGCUGACAUCAGACCACAUAAAACAUAUGACAUCAGCAUCAACGAGAAGGGCGAGGUGUUUGUUAGUACAGCUUCACCAGACGUAGUGGUACUGAAUCAGUCAGGUACGAUUGUGAGGAAGGUGACGUGUGGAAUGAAUGGACUGAAUAUAACAUGUUUGUCGGCAGGAGACAUUGCAGUGUCGGACUCUUUCAAUGUAUCAAUCAUAACAGACAGUUCUGGUACAACCAAAUAUAAAUGGUCUGGUGAACUCAACAACGGUCAAAAGCUUGGUAGAAGGAACCUUUGUAAGAUGUCACGUGACAAGUACGACAGACUGUUUGUACCGGACUACACUAACAACCAGGUGUAUGUCCUACCGAGAGAUAGUACACAGGCCACGUGUCUCCUGGACCAGAAACAUGGAGUGAUCGGACCUACAGCGGUGGCUGUGGACACGUGUGGAAACGUGUGGAUCGGGUGUAAUGACGGUACCGUACACGUGAUAGGACUGUAGAGUUAGAAAAGUAUUGUGACAUACAGAAAUCCGUGUUAAUGAUAAAAAAUAUAGCCUGGUAAAUAUGUGUUUAGAGAUAAUCCCUUAAUGUUCUACCUGUACUACAUAUAUAGAUAUAUAUAAUUGAAUGGAGCAGUCAUUGAUAUGUGGUGUACACUUGACGUUGACUUUAUUAAGGCGUGAAGCUAGAUAACCAGUAACGUUAACGGUUGAUAAUAAACUGUAUGUUGCAUGUAAUGGAAAUAGUGGACCGAAAAAUAGAGGAACCGCAUCCAUCCGGAAAAUUUGUUUUCAAAAGAAAAGUUUAGUUUGUACUGAAUACAUGUGCUGAUAAUAUUUUCCCGGACAAAAAAAAGUAUGCCCGUGUUUAGGGCAGUCUUUUAAUCACCUGUUGUGACAACAGAUAGAUUCAAUUGACUUUGUUUUGAUAUAUCCUCUAUAUAAUAAUGUUAUAUCUCAUAAACUUCAAUAUCAUGUAUCACUUGACGUAAAUGGUUUAUUUUGCCUACAUUUGGACGGUUGUCGUUGUAUAUAUAUGAUCUUACAUGAGUUCCAUU